UUACGUUUCUAAUUUUAUUUGUGCGGUCGUGUUAAGUGGUAGUGUGAUGUUUUUCUUAUUUUAACAACAAUUAGGCUGACGCCAUAAAGUUACUCUUAUAAACAUUUAGUGAAAGUUACAACAAUGGCACCAAAUUUUAGCAAAUAUGCUUCAAGGACCGAUGUGCAAAUUGCUUUAGCAGCAACCGCAGCGUUGAGUGCUUGGAUUGUAAAGAAAUCGUUAAAGUCAAGCAAAACUGUUAGAAAUGGCUCCGUGCAUAUGUCACCACAUGAAAAGGUGCAAUACACGAUUAAAGAUAAAGCUGUGAAAGAACCAAAAGCAGAAGUCAACGCCAGGUUUUUAGCAGAACUUAAAGUGCUGUGGAAGAUAAUGUUCCCUGGACUAUGGUCGAAAGAAAGUGGUUUUAUGGUCCUGAUUGCUCUGUCCCUAAUAUCAAGAACCAUGUGUGACUUAUGGACAAUUCAGCACACAACUUUAAUUGAGGGGUCAAUAAUUACAAUGAACCUUCCAGAAUUCAAGCGGCUGCUGUUUAAGCUGAUAUGUGCCAUGCCUCUGAUCUCUUUCGUCAAUAACUCAUUGAGAUGGAGUAUAGGAGAGACCAAGCUGAGGAUACGAACCAACUUGUCUCUACAUCUGUACCAGCAAUACCUGAAGGGUAUGACAUACUACAAGGUUACUAACCUCGACACACGGAUAUCGAACGCGGAUCAGCUGUUGACCAAUGAUAUCGACAAGUUCUGUGAAACCGUCAUAGACCUGUAUGGAAACAUAACUAAACCGAUACUGGAUAUAUCUUUAUACUUAUACCGGCUUACAGUCAAUCUGGGACCAUCGACUCCUGGCAUAGUAAUGGCGUACUUGCUCGUUUCUGGAAUGUUCCUCACAUACCUCAGAAAACCUACAGCUCGUAUGACCGUCCAGGAGCAAAAGUUGGAAGGUGAAUUCCGCUACGUGAAUUCUCGGCUCAUCACCAACUCGGAGGAGAUCGCUUUCUAUCAGGGAAGCAAGCGUGAACAGCUGACAAUCCUGGCCAGCUUCUACAAGCUGACAAGGCAUCUGAGGAACUUCCUCAAUUUCCGAGUGGGGAUGGGCUUCAUCGAUAAUAUCGUUGCCAAAUAUGUUGCCAUAGUAAUAGGCUUUUACGCCGUGUCCAGGCCUUUCUUCGCGAAAGACCACAACCUCCUUUCUACUGGUACCGAGCAGGACCGGUUCAGGCACUACUACACGUAUGGGCGCAUGAUAGUCAAGAUGGCGGAAGGCAUUGGCCGGCUGGUGCUGUCCGGGCGCGAGCUGGCGCGGCUGGCGGGGCUCACGUCGCGCGUCACUCAGCUGCGACACGUGCUCGCCGACGUCAACGCGGGACACUACGAGCGCACCAUGCUGGACAAACAGGACGGAGGUCUGCCAACCAUCAUGGCGCCGGGCGCGGGCAAGAUCGUUUACCAGGACAAGAUAAUCAAGUUCGACCGCGUACCGCUCGUCACGCCGAACGGAGAUGUCCUCAUACAUGAGCUGAGCUUUGAAGUUAGGUCGGGCAUGAACGUGCUAGUGUGCGGGCCGAACGGUUGCGGAAAGUCGUCGAUGUUCCGAACUCUCGGGGAGCUGUGGCCGUUGUUCGGCGGCACCCUCACCAAGCCGCCGAAGGGCAAACUGUUCUACGUCCCGCAACGACCUUACAUGACACUCGGCACGUUUAGGGACCAAGUGAUCUACCCGCAAACUCACGAAGAGAUGGUGCGUCGCGGCCGCUCGGACGAGGAGCUGGAGCGGUUCCUGCGCAUCGUGCAGCUCAGCUACCUGACCGCGCGCGAGGGCGGCUGUGACGCGGUCGAGGACUGGAUGGACGUCCUCUCAGGGGGAGAGAAGCAGCGGAUAGCGAUGGCGCGUCUGUUCUACCAUGAGCCGCAGUUCGCUAUACUGGACGAGUGCACGAGUGCCGUGUCGGUCGACGUCGAGGGACAGAUGUAUCAGUACUGUAAAGAGGUGGGCAUAUCCCUAUUCACGGUGUCACACCGGAAAUCCCUGUGGGCGCACCACGACCACUACCUGCAGAUGGACGGUCGCGGCGGCUACGUGUUCGGCCGCAUCGACGACGCCACGGAGGAAUUCGGCUCGUGAUCGCCGCCCGUCGUCGUAGUGAUCGCCGCCACGGUGGGCCGGUGGAAGUCUGUGAAGUCAUCGUGAGCGCGAUACCAGCAGAUUCAGGCCCUAUUUCACAAACGUCUGUAAGGGGCCCUAGGCGAGCAAUUUUAUAGCACAAUAUCACGUGUUGCGUAAUAUUAUUGACCGUCUAGGGUUGAUGUUGAACAUCGCGCGCCUUC